AUGCUACAGGCUCAAACCCAGCACGUCUUCUCGCACCAACACGGGCAAUAUUCCCACGCCGCCGCUGCUGCCGCCGCGGUAGACGCUUCUUGGAUUCAGCAACAGCAACAGCAGCAGCAACAGCAGCAGCAGCAACAACAACAAAAGCAGCAGCAACAACAACAGCAGCAAUCCCAGAAGCCCCAUCCCCAAUCAUCCCUGGUGGCCCAACAGCAUGCCCAAGCGCAGGCCGCAGUUGCAGCUGCCGCCGUCGCCCAACACCAACACUACAGUCGGAUAGCUCUGAGUAAUAACAAUAGCAACAACCCUGCCGCCACCAGUGCCGGUGCGAAUAACCAGGUCACGUCGUCCGGUGGAGAUAGCGUGAGUGUUGCCGCUGUGGGCGCUGCUGCUGCUAACGGUAAUAUGGACGGCGGCAUCAGCGAAGAGAACCGGCGGGUGCUCGUCUGGGUGGCGGAGCUGAUGGAUCCCGCCCGGCGGGAGGCGGCGUUGAUGGAGCUGAGCAAGAAGCGCGAGCAGGUUCCUGAGCUGGCAUUGAUAAUUUGGCAUUCGUUCGGAGUCAUGACGUCGUUAUUACAGGAAAUUAUCUCGGUUUAUCCGCUGUUGAAUCCAUCGCAAUUGACUGCUGCGGCUUCGAAUCGGGUUUGCAAUGCUCUUGCUCUCCUACAAUGUGUUGCGUCGCACAACGAAACGCGCACGCUUUUCUUGAAUGCCCAUAUCCCUCUUUUUCUCUACCCAUUCCUCAAUACAACCUCGAAAUCCCGCCCCUUUGAAUACCUUCGUCUAACCUCCCUUGGCGUGAUUGGCGCCCUGGUGAAGAAUGAUUCGUCGGAUGUUAUCAACUUCCUCCUCACCACCGAAAUCAUCCCACUCUGCCUACGCAUCAUGGAGACGGGCUCAGAACUCAGCAAGACUGUUGCUAUUUUCAUUGUACAAAAGAUCCUACUAGAUGAUAUUGGCCUUGCCUAUAUUUGUGCGACGUAUGAGCGUUUCUACGCCGUCGGAACUGUGCUGAGUAAUAUGGUUACCCAACUUGUGGAGCAGCAGACUGUCCGAUUACUCAAGCAUGUUGUUCGUUGUUUUCUUCGUCUGAGUGAUAAUAAUCGCGCUCGUGAGGCCCUCCGCCAAUGUCUUCCAGAACCCCUUCGCGAUGCAACAUUCUCAUCAGUCCUCCGAGAUGAUGCGGCGACAAAACGCUGCCUGGCUCAACUUCUGAUUAAUCUGUCCGAUAACGUUGUCGACGGCGCAGCCACCGGCACAACCUUGUAA